UAUUGUGGUGAUAAACAAAAACAUUAGAAAAUUAAUUAGAAAACUUCUUUUAAAAUGUUAUCGUCAAUGCUGAAACAACAUCAAGAAACUAUCAAAGGUCGUAAUGAAACUCAGGAAAAAUUAAAACGUGAAACACUCGAGUCAGCAAAUGAAUUGACAGUAAAUUUGGUUGAUCAUUUAAAUGUGGGAGUUGCUCAAGCAUAUCUUAAUCAAAAGCGUUUAGAUCAAGAGGCAAAAAAUUUAAAUACAAAUGCAAAUAAUUUUAAUAAGCAGACACAGCAAUGGCUCUCAUUAAUAGAAAAUUUCACGAGCUCAUUGAAGGAAUUAGGUGAUGUUGAAAACUGGGCUAAAACAAUCGAGAAAGACAUGCGUACGAUAACAUCAGCACUUGAAGUUGCAUAUAAAAUUGAGCGAGAGUGAAUCACUUUUCUAAUAAUCUUUUUAAUAUUUAUAAAAUAGGAAUAAAAUUAAUGUUGUCUCAUUGAGACAAGUUUUAAUUAAAAUUUCUCUUUAGAUAAUUUUUAUAUGAUUUACUGCUGCACCUGUAAACUAUUAUUAAUUGCAGCUUAAAAAAAGUUUAUCAUGAAAGUGUUACUUAUUAUUGAGAUGAUAGUCUUAGUCUGGAGUCUAGAAUUAGAUAAUAAUCACUCAAGUGUCGGUUCAUGAUUUGAUUUUGUUGCUUCUUUUAUUAAAGUCUUUCGUGAAUGUGACGUCAAAGUUCCAUUAGAAUUUAAUAAUUAAAAUAAAUUGGUCACAAAUAAAAUUAAUUGAGUUUAAUUGAUAAGUAGUCAGAAUAUCAGUUUUUUCCAACAAACUGCCAACAAUAAAUGAAUGAAAUGAAAUCGAAAUGAUGAACAAAAAAUACGUUGGCCUUUGUUUUAUUUAUUUC